GGAUUCUGGGAUGCCAGGCUUGACGCUUGAUGUGUGAAACCCAGACAUUGCACUGCGUAGCGGUUUGUUAUUCUAACCUGUGGACCCCUCAGUACACAAUGAGGUGGUCAAAUAUAUGGAGCUCCUCAUUUACGUUUACUCAUUGAACAAUAGGCAAUUAUUUAUAUAUAAUUCUAAAUUAAACCAGUGUUAAUUGAGUUCCAGUCGGUAGCUGCGUCAGCAUGCAUAAGCGGCAGAGGAACAAGUAAAGGUUUAUUUCAUGCUGAAAAGAGAAGAAAAGAAACACUGUGGGGCCUUCUGUGCCCUGCGAGAGACUGGCAUCCUGUCCAGGGUGUACCCUGCCCUGCCUUGUGCUCGUUGCCUGCUGGGAUAGGCUCUGGCUCCCCGGGGACCCUGGUUCGGAAGAACCGAUUGGAAAAUGGGUGGACGGAUCUAGCCGUUUACGCCCAUGUGCUGUGCUGGGUUGAGUUGAAAAGUCCCGUGUUUGAUGGGCCCCAGCCUGUUGGUGAUCGUCGCAUGCGGCUCUCAUACAUGCAGCGUACGUGAGCGACCAGAUGGUGGCAGUGUGCCGAGUUUAAGCCAUGAUAACCCUCUUUUUACGGCGUGCUUUUCACUGAGGUACCUCACGUCUCGAACAUGCGGAAAGUCCAGCUCGGCGACAGGCAGACAGGAGGAAAGAAUGCAUCCCUUCUAAAUCGCGCACGCACAGUAACACGCCAGCUCUGCGAAGAAGAACAAAAGACACAAUAUGUUUUUUAGUUGUGCUUUCUUCUUCAUUUUGGUACGCUUUUGAAAAGUAGCUCAAAAGUAAGUGUUUAUCUUCUCCCGGAGGGACUUUAAACACAAACAAACAAGGAAGCCCUGCAGCUGUUCUUGUGUAUUAAGACUCACAUUCCUUCUGCUAUUUUAAACACUGAAGGAAACAGCGCGGGUGGCUGUUAUUUCUGUGCGUUUCCUCGUUAAAGAGGCAGGUACUGUGCCACAGGCAGAGGCAGUUAGAGCUGCUCUGUAGAGAGACCAGUGCUUCCAAUCAGAGGUCAGAAAAUACUAGAAGUGAUGAACGACCAAGACCUAUCUGUGUGAGCACGAGGGUGAGAGAGUUUCCAAUACAAACAGGAGGUUUUAGACACCACAGGUUCUUCCUUUAAAUCGAUCCUGAUCUAUGAGGACCUGGCAAUCUGGCAUGAUCGGUGAUCGCCUCCACCUGUUAGUCCUGUGGUGCAGCUCAAGAGGGGGUCUUUGGAGCCUCUCCGGAGUGCAUGUUCAUGUUGAAAUGGUGUUGGAUACUGUAAGGCCGCACAAAGUAUUUCUGGCUUGUCUCGAUCGUGCUGCAUAACGGCCGGGUCUCCUCUACCCUGCCACUCGGACAUAGCCCUCCAGUUUCCUUGCUCGUGGAGUGUGCUCGGAGGAGAGCUGGAAGAACACCUUGUUUUGGUGGGAGGCAUGAGAGGAAUGCCUAGUGCUCAGAAGACCGCGUGAAACUCUGUUUUUCGGGGAAUGAAGAAAAGCCAGUUUAGCCUGCAGAACGUCCCUCCCUGGCUGCAGCCCUUACAGACUCCACAACAGCUCACGGAAAACAAGCCAACUCACAGCUGAAGCAGGAGGAUGUUGUAAAUGUGUGUUUCAGUCCUGAUGAAUUACCCUUUGCAUCUGACCGAGCCGUGCUGGUUGUUUAUAGGAGACACUGACGCUUUACAGACAAAUCGCCUGGAUCUGGACCCAAAACAGACGUAACCCUACCCUGCAAACGCAGAGAGGAAAUGGAAAAUCUCAUGAAAGCUGCUGCCAUCACACUGGCGAGGAAUUUUCAGCCAAAAGUGUGGUGCUUGUGAAAAUGUUGGGAUUUUUUUUCACCGUUUACCAAAAAAUCACGUUGACGGAACUUUUUUAGCCCUUUUUUUAGCACUAAAAUGCAGGAAGAAUACUGGGUUGUAGUGUAAAACCUAUAUCCGUGGACAUCUAAUCUCUAGUUUGACUUGUUAGAAUAUACCGCCGGUGUUCUUUCUGGGGCGCCACAUGUGGAGGUUCAGCCUUUUUGUGUGAACCGUAUUCGCGAAAGGGCCGUGGUGUAAGCAGUGGGAUUUUGUCAUCAUUGAUCUGGCCUGGCCCUCAGAGGUUACAUCACGCGGGCAUGCCUCUGGAUGGGAUGUGACAGGAGGGACAGUGAGCAACAAGAGUGGUAUGCGUGGCGCCGGUGAUUCUCUCCACCACGCCUGAGGUAGGAGCCAGGGCUGCGAGGAUCUGCCUGCCGCUAUGAUCCAAGAGGACCCUUUCUAUGGCUCGUGCGCCUUCCCGGUUUCCUCCCUCGGAGACGAACGCCACGAGUGGCAGAGAGGAGCUCAUGGCCAAGCCGCCUCCCAGCCGGCUGUUCAGGCAGGCGGUCAUCACGAGACCCAACGUGCAGCCAAGCCUUCUUCUGUCCAACCUGCGCUUGAGGUCCUCCAACCAGUUGAACCUCAGGGAUCCCAGCUGCUCCGAGAUGAGCCAAGAGCCCUGGGCCAGCCCUCGGGACCAGGCCGCCACAGACCGCACGCAGCCCCAGGGGCGCCCCGACAAGCUGUCCCUCAGCGACUUCUGGACAGAGGUGGAGAAUAUCCGGGAGGGCGGCAGCGACACCGAGCAGGACAGCGCCACGCGUGACUCCCGGCAGACCGAGGAGGGGGAGCAGGAGAAGGAGUGGCUGCAGGAUGCGGGGCUGUCCACCCUGAUCAGCGCGGACAGCGCGGACAGCGAGGGCGUGGACCAGGCGGUGCUGCUGUCCACCCUGACCCGCACGCAGGCCGCCGCCGUGCAGCGCCGCCUCGACACCUACACCUGCUCGCUGCGCAAGAGGAGCAAGCAGCCCCCGCGCGACGUCAGGGACGUGUUCGCCACGCCCAUCUCUCAGAAAUCCCUUCCAGAAACCCAGGAAUCCCUCUCAGAACUUCUGACCCCCGAGGAGAACAUGGAGAGUCUGGUCAAAACCCCUCCCGCAGGUGUCAGGAAGGAGUCACAGCGCAGAGCAGCGAGAGACGAGAUCUUCAUCACGGACGUCGCCUACUGCGAGCAGGCGGUCAUCAUGCUGAAACAGGCCAAGCUGCCCUGGAACAGCAACCUGCAGAAGAAAGACGAUGGCACUCUGCCUCAGAAAGUCGUCUGCCCGCGCUGCCGGCUCGGCGUGACCCACAUCCAGGACCUCUCGCCCCAGGACAUGAAGAAGGUGCGCCAGCUGGCCCUCAUCGACAUGACCGCGCUCUGCGACCUGCUGGAGCUCGACCUCAAGAGGCACAAGACCGGGAAGAGGAAGAUUCCAGAGAGCUGCCUGUUUGGGGUACCCCUUGCCACGCUGCUGGAGAAUGACCUGAGGAUCAAGCUGAAUAUCUCCAUCCCCCUCAUCCUCCAGGAGCUGCUGUCCUUCCUGGAGAGGAAGGGUCUGGAUUCGGAAGGAAUUCUGCGAGUGCCGGGGUCCCAGACCCGGAUAAAGGCCCUGCAGAAGAAGCUGGAGAGCACCUUCUACUCCCAGGAGUUCAGCUGGGAGGAGGUCAGCCCCAACGACGCCGCGGCCUUGCUCAAAAGGUUCAUCCGUGAGCUGCCUGCCCCCCUGCUGACCGCAGAGCACCUCAACACCUUUAUCGCUGUCCAGAAUAUCCCGGACCUGAAACAGAAGCUCCACGUCCUCAAUCUGCUCAUCGUGCUGCUGCCAGAGCCCAACAGGAGCACCCUGAAGGUGAGUGGGUCAGGCGUGCCGAAACGAAGCUUGCACUGGAACGCACGGUCUCGGAGAUACGAUUUAAUUCCACUCCGAGCGAUAUGUCGGGAAUUUCUUCAAACCAGGAUGACGAAAGAUAUAUACAGUAGCACAGCAUCUGGGCAAACAUCUGGGCUAACCCUUGGCUUUUCUCCUCAGAUCCCCAACUUCCUGAUGAGCCAGGUGAGGAAGCUGAACGAGAACAGCAGCAGGCGCUACCAGUUCUACGACAAGCGCAUCAGGAGCCUGCUGAGGAAGAUCCACACAGACAGCCGGGACAAACCGGACAAGAACUCCACCGAGCCCAGCCGGACGGUCAAGAUCCAGGUGGGGGAGGUGUUCAGCAGCUCCAUGGAGGUGUCCCUGAAUGUCGACUCCCGCGCGGCUGACCUGCUGGCCCAGUUCCACCACGACCUGCGCAGCUCCGACAAGGGCAGGAACCUUCUGCGGCGAAAUGGCUCCAUUGUCUACCCUGAUUGUGCCAUUUAUGAAGUGGGCGGCAAUAUUGGUGAGCACUGUUUGGAUCCAGAGGCCUACCUCCUAGACCUGUACAACACCAACCCGAGUGGAGAAUGGGUCAUCAGGCAAAAGCAAGGCUCCUCCAAGGGCCUCUGAACUAAAGGGGGGCAUGUGAAUGGACGAGAGGACUAUAACCUGGGUCCUGGAUACUGCUGAAACACGUUGAAGGGAGGCAUCCAGAAGAGAGAGGAGCAGCCCUCGCUCCGCUCCUGCAGGGACUCUCACAGAGGCUGCCUGAACUGCAAGCAGUGGAGCAUCCCAGGUCCCAGGCUGGAGAAGAGCACCAUUCCACGUAGACCAACUCCAGGGGCACACAGCCCCAGGUGCCAGCCGCCCUCGAAGAGAGAAGGCGGGGCUCAGCCGGGAACAUGAUGCACCCCGCACUGGGACCCCUCAAGCCCUCAGUCCGGACGCAGAGACACUCCAACCAGGACGUUGCCGGACCACAGCCGAGAGGCUGCUUCGCACGCACUACAGGCCUUGUUCCAGUUGGCCUAGGCCAGCGCUGCGCUUCGAUCUCGGUCCCGAGCGAGCAACGCCGCCCGUGCCAUCUUACGGCAGUGUGCAACACAGUCAGCCGAUUUCCCCCCGUGCAUUUAGACGCCCCGAGUCCUACAAAACGACAGUGGGAACACAAGGGAACAGAAUGUGCCGCCACCCUUUUUUGUGAAGGAAGUAACUCGUGCGUGUGUGUGUGUGUGAGACACUGCCUAGUCAAAGCCACUGGCAAGCCAGUAGGCAGCAGGCAGUUUAGCAGACUGGGAGCCAGUGGACAUUCAGUGGACCUCCGGGGUCAUGUGCGGUGAGCUAGGGCUCAGACCUGACCCGGAAAGCCCAGCUGCCUGCUCUUCGGGGGGGGGUGUCUAUGAUGUAGGCAGGCUGGCAGCCCCUGCCUGGGGUUCCUGAACAGUUCAUGACGAUCCCCCGCAGACAGCAGCUGAAGCCAGAGGAACAAAAGCACGCAGGCACUAACGGAGUUCGGAGUUUGAAGGGACUUUCUUUAAAAGAUCCAAAAAAGGACAAAGGAAGCUGGACUUCGAUCUUUGUCUUCUUUAAAUGUGGUUCUUACUGUGGUGUUUUGAAGGAUAACAAUAGACUAUUUAAAUAAAAACCUCAAAGUUCAUUAUUUAUAAGUAAAACAGUUGAUGUAUGCUAUUGAAUACAGCUAAAAACAAAUGGGAUUACUUGUAAUGAGUAUGUAAUAAGGCUCACGUUGUUCUCAAGUUUUACAUUGUACAGAACCUUUUGCAGUUUUCAGUAAAGCGAAUGAUUUGUUUAGCAGA